AUGCCGCCGCCGGCCGAACCUCACAUCCCCUCCGUCGCCGCCGGCCUGUCCGCGCAAGAGGCCGCCGAUGCCGACAAAGACUACCUCUACUUCCUCCGCCACGUCCGCCUCGACGGCGACGCCUACACGGUCGUGAUCCCGUCCAAGGACGGCGCCUCCUCCCCUCCCCAGAUCAUCAGGUACGAGCAACCCGUCCCUGAUCACAAUGCCGGGACCCCCGUCGCGGGCUCUGAAUGCGGGGGGCAAAGGGUCCCUCCCUCGUCGGAGGAGAGCCCUUGGGCCACGAGUGAGGCCCCGCGCGGCGUGAAGCGCAAGGCUCCAGAGGCGAGCCCCGGCGGCGAGGUCCGCAGCGGUGCUGUCCCCAUGGAAGAGGACACGCCGACGCCGGUGGCGGAAUGCGCGUGGGACACGCAACCCGACAUGGACGAAGACUACCUCUUAUUCCUCCGGCAUGCUCGCGAGGUGGAAGGCAAAUUGGUGUUCAAGACGGGGAACUGUUCAAUAACUAUCGGGGAGGACGACGACACCGAUGAGGAGGAGGAGGAGGAGGAGGAGGGGGAAGAGGAAGAGGAUGAUGAAGUGGACAAUCCUGCGUCUGGGCAGUCGGGGGAGGACGGUAUUGGUACGGAGGAAAAGGAUGAUGAGGAGGAGGCCAUCCCUGCGUCAGUCACAGAGGAUGGGGUUGACUCGGAUUCGCCGAUUCUGAAGGUGAAGGAGGAAGAGGCGAGCAAAGAGGAUGAUGUUGAUGUGGGGCCUGGAUCAGAUAUUCAGAUUGUUAACAAACCGGUGUAUUAUGAGACGAAGAAGGUGGAAGAAGGAGGAGAGAAGCCGUUGAAUGCUCUAGUCAGGGGAACAACAGAUUUGGAUCCUUUGGGCAAGAAGGAAGCAAGCUCAAGCAAGGAACAUCUGUCCAUGCCUCUCAAUGCUUCGGAAUUACAAGGCGUUAUAUGGCCCCCACAUAUCAAUGAGAGGCCAAAUUCAGUUUUUAAAGAAAAGUUGAUUGAGUUUCUCGACAAACCAUUUACACAGGAAGAGUAUGAUAAGUAUUUUGCCCUGGCUACUGAUCGCAGUCCACUGCUCAAAGAACGAAGAACCCGUAAUAAGGUGGCAUACUACGCCUGGACACAUGAGAUGAACAAGUCAUACUUUGAUAGGUACCCAGGCUUGUUUAACUUGCCUUUUGACCUGUAUCUUUCUCCUGGUGGUGUGUCAGCCUUCUUUUUGGUUCUGGAUUUAGUUGUUCUAAGUUCUAAGUCAGGAGAUUUGUCAGAUGGUGUUUGUGAUCAGAGGUAG